CGCAUUUUAAUUGGAUUACUAAACUUUGAUAGAUGGAUAGGAGAAUUGGAACUGCUUUUGACCGGCUUCGGAUCUUGGAGAGAAGGAUUGGACGACGACGUCGAAUAGCCCUGAUCCCCCACACGCGUCUUCGAGAUCGAUCAGAUCCGAUGGAAUGCUUUGACGCAGUUCAAUUUAAAACAAGGUUUCAUAUUUUUAAGGACACUGCGUUAUAUAUUGUCGACUUGAUCAAAGGUGAUCUUUGCGCCCCUUUGAGGAGAGGGACGCACAUCCCACCACACAUUCAAUUUUUGAUUGUGCAACGAUUUUUUUGUGACGGAUCCUUCCAACUAACCACCGGUGACAACUACAAGGUCUCUCAGCCUACAGUGUCAAAUUUAGUAAAAAGAGUUUCGACUGCUAUUGCCAAACUGAGGAAAAAAUUCAUCAAAUACCCUACAUUUGCCGAGGCUCCAGUGGUGAGAACUGCGAUGUACAAUAUCGCAAAUGAUGCAAACUCGGGGACAAGAGGUUUUCCAGGAGUUGUUGGAGCAAUAGAUGGGACCCACAUCCCCAUUUUAUCACCAGGAGGAGAGGAUGCCGAACUAUUUCGCAACCGGAAACGAGUUUUUUCUGUGAAUGUUCAAGCGGUUUGUGACCAUCAGAUGAUUUUCACGAAUCUUGUGGCUCGAUGGUACGGAUCCGCUCACGAUUCUCGUAUAUUUGAGAAUUCGAAAUUGUGUCAGGAUUUGGAAAAUGGUACAGUACCAGGAAUAUUGCUUGGUGAUGCGGGGUACGGUUGCAAGCCUUAUCUAAUGCCCCCAUUACUCCGACCUACAACAGUUCCCGAGAAACGAUACAAUCGAGCCCAAAUUAAAACAAGAAAUCUAAUUGAGCGUGCGUUUGGAAUAUGGAAAAGAAAAUUUCCCUGCCUAAAGUUUAUGCGGCUUAAAAUGAAGACAGUACUAAUUGUAAUUGUCGCAACGGCAGUAAUGCAUAACAUCUCUAGACGACGCAACGAUAUUUUUGACGAGGACAAUUUCGAUGAGGAAGAUCAGCAUGCUCCGGAUGGAAAUAUUGAGGCUGGACGUAAUGGUAGAAUUAAGUUGAGAGAAAUUAUUACUACGCACUUUACUUAUUAGAUACAUACAAACCAAUCAGUUCAACGAC